UAUCGUUAGAAAUGUCAGUAUAUGAAGAUUACCAAAUAUUCUGCUUCUCAGCAAGAGCUUUAAUUUCCGGUACAAGUGAUUUGCAUCACCUAAAGCUCUGUAAAAUGAAGACUGUGUUUUGAAACUGGAAUUCCAGCUUUCUUUUUGAUAUCUUUGACCACAAGAGCUCUUUGAAGUUGAUUUCUACAGAAAACUGUGCAGCAUUUUUAGGAAAUAGAAAGUAAAUCUAGAUCCCACACCACAUAGUGCAAUUACACAUUUUUGGAAUUUCCAGUGUGUUAAAAUCGUCACAUGAUCUACUGAAGUUUUAAGGUGGAGAUCCGUUGUGCAGCAGCAUAACUGAGCUGUGAAGGGGAAGUCUUUUACAGAACUCCACAACGUAAGAGGAAAAAUGGACGGCAGCAGUUUUACAGAAGGAGAAGUUUAUCAAGAAUUCUUCAACUCCAGAGUCUACUUAGAAACGUACUAUUCUUCUGCAGUGGGAUGCCCUGAAGAAGGAAAUCAUUUGUGUUUUGAACUGACAAAUUUAUUUAAUAUAUUUUCUUCAGGUUCCGUCAAAGGUCAGAAACUGAUUGAUAUUGGAACAGGCCCUUGCCUUCACCAGCUUCUGGUGGCCUGUGAAUGGUUUGAGGAAAUUAUUGUCACUGAUUAUACUGACAGUAACCAUCUUGAAAUUGAAAAAUGGAUAAGAAAUGACCCAGAUUGCUUUGACUGGAGUGCAAUUGGAAAAUUUAUUUGUGAAAUUGAAGGAAACAGAGUGUCAUGGACUGAGAAAAAGGAAAAGCUGAGACAACGAGUCAAGCGAGUUUUGAAAUGCGAUGUCACUUCUAGCAACCCGCUACACCCUGUUUGUGUUGAACCAGUUGAUUGCCUAAUGACAUCACUGUGCUUGGAGGCAGCUUGCAAAGACCAAGAGACAUAUCGCAAUGCUGUAAAAAACAUAAGUACGCUAUUGAAGCCAGGGGGAAGUCUCAUAAUGACUGCAGUGCUGAAUGAAACUUUCUAUAUGGUUGACAGUCGAAAAUUUUCAUGUCUUUACUUUGACAAGGAAUUUCUAACUAAAGUACUGAAUGAGAAUAACUAUAUUAUACGGAAAGUAGAUAUCAUGCCUGGCCCUGACAGGGCUACGAAUACUCAUUCUGAUUUUGAAAGUCUUCUUUUUCUUGUUGCACAAAAACAAUUCUGAAGAUGGUAAUUACAUUAAUAGUAUAAGAUAAUGUUUAGCCUUGUAAUUAUCUUAUCAGUUGUAUAUGGUAGAGUAAAAUAUUAUUCAAAGUCUCUAUCUCAUUUUAAUGUACUGUAAAUAAUGCCAUAAAGUCUGCUAGAAGA